GGGUAGCUAGCAGCUUGUCAAAAGCGCACUUUAGCCAGUCAGUCGGUGGAUUGGACGCUGCAAGCUUGUUUGGGAAGGAACUCCUCCGCUCGUGGGUGGAUGGACGACCCCAUUUUGAGCAUUUACCUCGUUGAUAUUGACCGAAUGACGGCCAUGCGGCGAGGGGCGCUGCACCCAAUGGGAGCCAGCAUCUGGCCACGCCCCCCUCUGCCCGAGCGCCGUGAGCCUUUGACGCCGUGAAGACCCGUGACGUCGGUGAUGUCAUGAAUAAAUUUGAGGUCCUUGGGAUUGUGGGUGAAGGUGCCUAUGGAGUUGUUCUCAAGUGCCGACACAAGGACACCAAUGAAAUUGUGGCCAUAAAGAAAUUCAAAGACAGUGAAGAAAAUGAGGAGGUCAAAGAAACGACGCUGCGGGAGCUCAAGAUGCUGCGCACGCUCAAGCAGGAGAACAUCGUGGAGCUCAAAGAGGCUUUCCGGCGGCGAGGCAAGCUCUACCUGGUCUUUGAGUACGUGGAGAAGAACAUGCUGGAGCUGCUAGAGGAGCUCCCCAACGGAGUUCCUGCCGACAAGGCACGCAGCUACAUCUACCAGCUGAUCAAAGCCAUCCACUGGUGCCACAAGCAUGACAUCGUUCAUCGGGACAUCAAGCCGGAGAACCUUCUCAUCAGCUCUGACGACGUUCUCAAGUUGUGCGACUUUGGAUUUGCACGCAACCUCUCAGAGGGAACGGACGCUAACUACACCGAGUACGUAGCCACCAGGUGGUACCGCUCUCCGGAGCUCCUGCUCGGGGCUCCGUACGGCAAAGCGGUGGACAUGUGGUCGGUGGGCUGCAUCUUGGGAGAGCUGAGCGACGGACAGCCCCUCUUCCCGGGCGAGAGUGAGAUCGACCAGCUCUUCACCAUCCAGAAAGUUCUGGGGCCUCUUCCGCCAGAGCAGAUGAAGCUCUUCUACAGCAACCCUCGCUUCCACGGACUGCGGUUCCCUACCGUAAACCACCCACAGACACUGGAGCGCCGAUACCUGGGGAUCAUCGGCGGAGCCCUGCUGGACCUGUUGAAGAGUCUUUUGUUACUCAACCCGGGCGAGCGGUUCUUGACGGAGCAGGGCCUCAACCACCAUGCCUUCCAGUCGCAGAGGCUGGCAGAGCGGACCGGGCCUCCCACGCCGACGCCAGUGCGCUCCUCCAAGAGGAAGCCCCACCACGGAGACACCACGCCCAGCAGGAGUCACGGCCUGAAGAGCUCGGGCAGCCAUCGCUCCAGCACGCGCGACUGCUCCAGCUUGCCUCGCCACGAAGACCUCCACCCCAGCAGCAACAGCGGCGAGAGCGGCGGCGGAGGAGGAGGCUUCCUCAACGGCAACCUGCCGACAGCAAUCAACCUGAGCCCCACGCUGCACCCCAAGAGCUAUCCGGCGCAGAUCUUCAACCACUCGGCCUCGUGCGGCGUGGACCUGCCCCACCUGCUUGGCCCCUCUGACGCCAACAAGGGCGACUUUGACGUCAGCCCGGGCCCCAAGGGCUCCGACGGCCCCGGAGCCAAGUACCUCAAAUCUAACUUUCGCUCGCAGCAGCACCGCCACUCCUUCGUGGAGGGCAAGACCAGCACCUUGCAGUCGGCGGAGAAGCACGGCCGCCACGGCUACGUGGAGGCCCCUGCGCCCAAGUUCUCCUACCUGAAUCUGUCCAAGAGCUACGGCACGCUCAGCGACGCCAAGUCGGUGGGCAACCUGAACGACGUGCACCUAUAUGCCGACGAGCCAGCCGCCCGCUACUUCCCCUCCAGCUGCCUGGACCUAACGGCGCCCAGCAGCCCGGCGGUGCGGCGCUCGGAUCGCCGGGGGAGCACGCGCGCCGAGCGCGAGAGCAACACCCUGGACUCGUCCUUCCGUCGCUCGUCAGCCCGCCGCAAGGACUCGCCGGACGGCCCGGACCCCAACGAGGGCGGCGGAGGCGGUGGCCACGUGCACUCUCUGUCGGCCCCGCACGAGCCCUAUGCUCAGGGCUACAGCAGCCCCUUUUCGUCGCAACAGAGACCACACCGCCAUUCCAUGUACGUGCGGCGGGACCACCAGAGGACUCACGGGGGCGACGACGGACUCCUUGUGGGCCAGGGGGCGCCCACCCGGGCCAGCAGCCUGCAGCUGCUGUCGCCGCAGCUGCAGCACCGCACGUUGCCUCGCCACUCGGCCUCCAGGGAGGAGGAUAUGAGCCGGAGUGAUCAGGCCCCCGCCGAGGCGGCCCCCCACAGCCGACCCCCAAUCAGGGACUCCACCAGGGACAACUUUCACGCGCAGAGGCAAAAAAGCGAGGUGGGCCUGUACCAUGAGCCUCAGGUGGAAGAUGGCGCAUCGUCUAAGGAGAACCGCAACAUCUACAGCGAAUCCAUGCCCCGCAAGGUCGGGAGCUUCUACAGAGUCCCUUCUCCUCGGCCAGACAAUUCCUUCCACGACGGCCGCUCCCAGGUGCGAAGCUCGGGCAUGACAGGCGAUCCCGGCAGCCUGGCCAACCACUCCAAACGCCAGACCGCUUUCGACCCCUGGACGGGUCCGGACACGGUGGUGCUGAAUACGGCCGAGCCGUCCAAGGAGAAAGAAAAGCAGGGUUUCUUCAGAGCAAUAAAGAAGAAGAAGAAAAAGCCUCAAAUGGUUCCCAGUGAAGAGGCGGUGCUGCAGAAGUCGUCGCGUUCCCACCAGAGCAGUCGCCACCGGAGCCGCGACAAGAGUCGAGAGCGGGAACGCGAGCGGGACAAAGAGUGGGCCGACAAGAUGGCUGACUCGCACUCGCCGAGCCAACCGCUCAAGUCGCUGCGCAAACUCCUGCACCUCUCCUCAUCCUCAUCCAAUCAGACGGCGGCGUCCGACAUGCGCUACCAGCAGCUGCCAGGCCCCGGCCCCCAGGGGGCCUUCUCGGACGGGCGCGGCCACUCGGGGGUCAACACCCCGCAAAUGAAGAGCAGGCAGUCAGCCUACCCGCAGCUAGAGCCCGGCUGGCAUGCCGGCAACCCUUACCCCGAGCAGAUGGCCGUCAAGGGGGGCCAGAACGGCCAUGGCUUCGGGCGCCCCUCCAGGUCCCGCAUGGCCAACCUCAACGACCUGAAAGAGACGGCGCUGUGAACCAACAACAACACAAAGGAAGUACCCAACACACACAUUAAUGGACACACACGUACACUAUUUUACACACACGCACAGUGCACCGCUUGCAAACUGAAGGCCGAAAGCCUUCUUGUGUCUUAAUGUUUUUUUAAAGGCUUCCAAUGUUUGAUAGACUUUCUAUGAUGACUUUAUUUGUAUUAUAAAGUACAUAUUAAAAAUGGAAUAUUUAACUAUAUAUGUAUAUAAAUAUAGAAAUGGCUAGAUGAAAGUGUGUUUAUAGAGAGCCUUAUUUACUUGUAAAAGGUGCGGUCGUUCUUGUUGGGCAAAGCCUGUCGGCACGGAAACGUCACGUGACAUUGUAAUGCAACACGCGCGCGCACAUCAACUGAGUUGACAAUCUUUCAAUCAAUCACUUCCUUUUGAUUUGACCUUAUUUUUGACACAUUACUGUACAGUUGCUGCACACUUCAUUAUUAUGAUGUUUAUUAUGAUGAUUAUGGUGAUUGGAAGCAUUGUUUGUAAGGUACCUUAGCUGGGAUUCUAAAAAUGGCCAAUCAGGUGUCCACGCUGUAAAUUCUAAUCAGCGAGGAGAUGUGUAGGAGGAAGCGUGUGUAUUAUAUUAAUACUACUAAUGUGGGAGUCUUUGUCUGCUAUUUACCCACACACACACGCACACACACACACACACGCAUACACACACGCAUACACGCACACACACUAUUUGUUUACAGGCAGGCCAAACCAAACAGUGUUUCAAUUGGAAUUUUUGUUACACAUUUGUAGCAUAGUCCAUCGUGUUUUCUCCUUCCCCCCCCCGACAGACAAAUGUGUAAUAUUCAUGUUUACAUCUGUAACGCUAAAGCUCAAAUAAAUUGCAAACUGGUUUCAUUUGA